ACGUUUUUGAAUUUGGACAUGCAAUUGUUUCUGUAUCCAAAACUUUUGAAAGCUCAGAUGAAUUCACAAAGCCAUUUUCUCUCCAUACUUCUGAUAGUUUUCUUAGCCUCUUUUUCCUUCUCUUUUAGCAGUAACGUCCCAGAGGGCCCACUUUUACUUGAUCAUCAUCACCAUCAAACUAAUUCUACUUCAGCAAAGAAUAUUGUUGUUAAUGUGGAUAGUUUUGGAGCUAAAGGAGAUGGCGGGGAUGAUACCCAGGCGUUUAUAAAAGCAUGGAAGAAGGCUUGUUCUUCGCAAAGGGGCGUUGAUCUCGUGGUUCCUAAGAACAGGAUUUAUCACCUGAAACCAAUCAAUCUCUCUGGUCCUUGCAAAUCUCCUAUCACCCUCAAGAUCUAUGGAACAAUCAAAGCCUCUCCCAACCGAUCAGAUUACAGAAAUGAUACACGGCAUUGGAUUGUGUUUGAAAAUGUGGCAAACUUUAGAGUCGAAGGUGGUGGCACCAUCGAUGGAAAUGGAAGGAUAUGGUGGCAAAACUCUUGCAAGGUUAACGAAGCCCUUCCUUGCACGAUCGCACCAGAUGCCAUGACUUUCUCCGGGUGCAUCAACUUGCAAGUAGACAAUGUAAGGUUCCAAAAUCCCCAAAAAAUGCAUCUUCGGUUUCACAAAUGUGUGAAUGUGAAAGCUUCGAAUCUCAUAGUAACUGCACCAGAGGAUAGCCCCAACACAGAUGGAAUCCAUGUCACAGGAACACAAAAUAUUCAGAUAACGAACUGUCUCAUUAGGACAGGGGAUGAUUGUAUUUCAAUAGUAAGUGGGUCACGAAAUGUUCGAGCCACGGAUAUAAUCUGCGGACCAGGUCAUGGAAUCAGCAUUGGAAGCUUAGGUGCUGGGAAUUCAGAAGCAGAGGUUUCAGAUGUGAUAGUUUCUAGAGCGAAAAUGAUGGGUACCACCAAUGGAUUAAGAAUAAAGACUUGGCAGGGCGGUUCUGGAUAUGCCAACAACAUCAGAUUCAAAAAUAUUAUGAUGCACAACGUGAGCAAUCCAAUAAUCAUAAACCAAAAUUACUGUGAUCGGGACGAGCCAUGCCAAGAACAGGUUUCAGCUGUGAAAAUAAGCAAUGUGGUGUAUGAGAACGUAAAAGGCACAAGUGCUUCAAAAGUGGCAGUGAAAUUCGACUGCAGCAAGCGCUUCGGAUGCAAAGGAAUCUUGUUACGAAACGUUAACAUAAAACCUCUAGGCGAAGGAACGGCCAAUGCUUCCUGUGAGAAUGUUAGACUAAGCCAUAGGGGGAGGGUUUCUCCAAAGUGCUCUUCAACAAUUUAA